AUGGCGACGCUUUCUCGGAGCGGGAGGCGCGUGUCUCCCUUCAGGCUCUCUUCCCUGUUGCGCGGCGAGAAGGACCCUUCCGUCGCUCUCCAGCUCUUCAGAUCCGUCGACGCGGGCCCCGAGACCAAGCCCUUCCGCUACUCGCUCCUCUCCUACGACCUCGUCAUCACCAAGCUCGGACGCGCCAGGAUGUUCGACGAGAUGGAGCAGGUCCUCGCGCAGCUCGGGCGCGAGAUCCGCUUCUCCGUCCCCGAGCCCCUGUUCUGCCAAGUCAUCUCCUUUUAUGCGCGCGCGAGGCUCUUCGAUCGCGCUCUGCGGACUUACCGCUCGAUCCCCAGCUUCCGGUGCCGCCGGAGCGUCAAGUCUUGGAAUUCGGUGUUGCACGCGCUCCUGAAGUGCGGGGAGCACGGCAGGAUGGACGAGGUCUUGGACGAGUUCAGGAAUCACGCGAGCCCGGAUGCGUGCACUUGUAAUAUUUUGAUCAGGGCUCUCUGCGGGAGUGGGAAGUUGGAGGAUGCGCGGGCGGUGCUUGACGAAAUGCCCCUGAGGGGGAUCCGACCCGAUGGGGUGACUUUCUUGGUGCUGAUUAACGGGUUGUGUUCGAAUUCUAUGUUAGAGGAGGCUUUUGAGUUGAAAGAUGAUAUGGUUAGAGUGCAUGGGAUUCGGCCUGAUGCACGUCUGUAUGCAUCACUGAUGAAGGGAUGUUGCAAGGUAGGUGAUGUGAACAUGGCAUUUGGGCUUAAAGAGGAGAUGCUGAGAGAGAGAGUCGAGUUGGAUGCUGCGAUAUAUUCGACCUUGAUUCAUGCUCUUUUCGAGGUUGGGAGGACGGCUGAGGUUUGUGGACUUUUGGAGGAGAUGCGAGAAAAUGGGUGUAAGCCAGACACCGUGACAUAUAAUGUGCUAAUCAGCGGGUCCUGUAAGAAGAAGGACGUUGAUGAAGCUUACAGACUUUUGGAUGCGAUGGUGGAGAAUGGGUGCAAGCCUGAUGUGACGAGCUAUAAUGUGAUCAUGGGCGAAUUAUGCAAGGAGGGAAAACUGGAUGAAGCAACUGAUUUAUUUGAGGACAUGCCGAGGCGUGGCUGCACUCCGGAUGUCGUGUCUUAUCGGAUACUCUUCAGUGGUCUGUGCGAGAAGAUGCAGCUUAAGGAAGCAGCAUUUUUGUUGGAUGAAAUGGUAUUUAAAGGGUACACCCCUCAUGAUGCAAGUGUUUAUAAAUUUGUGGACCUUUUUUGCCAGGAAGGGAAUCAUGAAUUGUUGCUAACAGUUUUGUGUAGUCUUAGGAAAGGAAAGACCGUGAAGGCUGAUUAUUGGACAAGGAUGAUUUCGCUUACUUGUAAGAACAAUGAGUUUUCCAAUGUCGAGCUUGUAGAUCAUCUAAUAAAUUCAUAA